AUGGUCGCCGGUGCACGCGCCGGCGCAGCGGCCAACGCCCACCUGGCCGACGCGACCGCCACCGCGAGCACCCUCAACUACGCCCUGGGCACGCGCCACAUGAAGUCGUGGAUGCACGGCGCCGCCCAUGGUGCUCCUGCUGCCUCCCCGCCCGUCGCAUCAAACCCUACGCCCGCCGCGUCAAACCCUGCGCCCGCCUAUGCCCCGAAUCCUCACAGGAAAAGAGGACGGCCGAGGAAGUACCCGCUGCCAGACGCCCAUCACCACCAGCACGCGACAGACGCCCGCCCUCCGAGUGCGCUUUCGCACGAGAGACUGCCUGCCUCGAACUCGACCUCCCCCCAGCUGCCCAACGUCGUCACAAACCGUGCGCGCCCUGCCAGUCCUAGCCACGCCCACAUCGUCGAGUUUCCCUCGCCUACACCAAGCGCGGACGAUGUGUACAGCGCAGACGCACACGAGCCCGAGACCAGCCAUACAGCCACCUUCCGUAGAUCGAGCUUCGCCCCGCUGCAGUCCCCAAGCGCCUUCGGCCAGCCAGCCUCGCUUGGACAACACGCGUCUGUGUGGAAGCGACCGGCCGGAGACGACCCUGCGGCUGGGGAAAAACGAGCUCGCAUAGAUACUGCACCUCGGAGACAACCAAGUGUCGCAACGCGUACACCUAGUACCGCUUCAAGCUCUGAUCCAACCCCGCAAUGGAUCCGGGACACAACAGCGGUUUUACAGGGCCAAGACUUUAGUCACAACCCGUCACGUGACCAAACCUCGAGCGCGCAGACAGCCUCCCCACAGCUCACGCACGCGAGUCCACUGGUCCCGACGCAACCGUUCGGGGUGUUGCCGAAUGCGCAACAGCUUGCGCACCAGCCUGCGCACCCUCACCGUGCUGUCGUCUCUCCACGCCAGGCUCCAGAAGACGUGACAUGUUACUCUGUCGAGCUCUGUAAUCGGAUGAUCGAGGUGUUCAAGAUUGGCAUCUCAGCUCACUCCGAUGGGGACCAACUACGCUUACAUACUAUAGAGGAUGCAGUGAAGAUGCAGGAUUGGGCUUAUUUGACUCUACAUCAGUACUACUGUUUAAUGACCUGUUCGGUGCCAUCUUUGCCUGUAGAUCUGCAGCGCCACCCAAAUUUCAACGCAACAUACUCGCUGAUGCAUAAUUUACUCCAAGACACCUGGCCGCUGACAAAGCCCUUCCUGCGCUUCUUCUGCACCUUCCCCUUCUCCUUGGACUCGCUUGCGUCGACAUGGCCUGCGACGUAUCAGCAAUCCGUGCGCAUUAUGGCGACGUUCCUGGACCACUCACCAAGGAUUCUGCAGUUGAAGGAUGCAAGCGAACGACGACGAGUUCCGCCUAUGCCACGGGAGAUUGCCGAUUGUUCAGUCACAUCGCCAAUGAUUGAACGGCUCCUCGUGCAGUCCAUCAUUCGUGCGCUCGGGACCUUCUACCCGCAGGGUCCUGCACAAAUUGUUUUCUUAGAGCAGACUUUGCGAGCCUUCUAUCUGGCGCAAACCGACUUCCGGCAGCGAAGGUCUCACGGUCAGCUGGGAGGACGUCAGCAGGCAGACGAAGAAUGGCAGGCCUGGGUCUCCAACUUUGCUCAGAUUACACGAUCCAUCGAGCUCUCCAUACGGCAAAGCCUCCAGUCAAACAACCCACUAUCGCCUGAGAUGCACCAACAACCACAACCACAGGCUAACAAUCGACCCUCGGAAACGACGGUCCGACAUCGCCCACAGCCGCCGCCCCCAGCAACGUAUGGUCGAGCGGCAUCGCAGGUGCAGCCUUCAUCCCGCCGCCAGAGACAUACGGCGCUCUUACCACGGCGGGGUGUUCUCUUACAGCAGCAGCGCGUGCCGAAUCCGGCCCGUUAUGGCCUGCACCAGGCUCAUCUGAGAAGUCCAGUCUUGCAGGCUUCGGAUCAUUCCACUCCUUUGCAUUAUUUCUGGCAGGGGUUCUUCAAGAAGCCGACGAAAGUAGUGAAUGCGAAUAAUGCUAUUGAGACAAUAUCCUUCACCCUCUCUCAAGAGGAUAUGCGCUUGAUUGCUCCGGUAAUACCCGCCGCUCCAGGCGCCCCAGACAGCAGAGCUAUUGACGAACACCACAAAACAGCGCGACUGCGCUGCGUCAAAUGGCGCUCUGACGAAGAGCCAACGGAAAGCGCCUGGGCCGUGGCUGAGACAAGCUGGAUACCCCACGCGUACUUCAUCUUCAACGAAACCCCCCUCCAACUCCGUAAGAAAAUCCACCACGGCAAAGACUUGCCCGUCGACCUCACAGGCCUCCUCCGCGAAGGCCCCAACACCCUCGAAAUAUCCGUCAUGAGCCCCGCCCACGACAAAGCCCACCACAACUACCUCCUCGCGGUCGAGCUGCUCGGCGCCCGCAGCAGCACCUCGAUCAAAGCGGACUGCCUCGCCAACACCAUCCCCGCGCCCUCCGUCCUCGCCGCCAUCAAACGCAAACUCGCCCCCCGCCCCGCCUCCGACUCCGACGCCGACGACCUCGUCAUCGUCGCCACCUCCCUCACCAUCGCCCUCCGCGACCCCUUCACCGCCUCCCACAUCCCCCUCACCCCCGUCCGCGCCGCCUCCUGCGCCCACAACGAAGCCUUCGACCUCGACACGUUCCUCGCGACGCGCGCCCGCGCCGGCGACGUCUCGCGCGCAGACGCCUGGCGCUGUCCCAUCUGCCGCGGCGACGCGCGCCCGUGCGUGCUCGCGGUCGAUGGGCUAUUGGCGCAUGUCAGGGGCGUGCUGGAGAAGAGGGGCGAGUUGGGUGUCAGGGCUAUUGAAAUCGAUGCGAGUGGGGGGUGGCGCGUGAAGAAGGAGGUGCGCGAGGGCGUGCGGGACGAGAGCGAGGACGAGGACGACGGGGUGCAGAGUGUGGCGCGGAGUGCGGCGCGGAGAGCGUCGGCAUCGGCGUCGGCGGCGGCGACAGCACCGGCGGUCGAGGUCAUCGAUCUGGAUAGCGAUUGA